AUGCUCUAUCGUGAUAGUCACAAAGCCAAAAGCCCCGACCCCAUUGUGGAAAACUCUCUUAUCAAGGUGAUGCCGCAAGAAAACUUGCGUACUUGGAUUGAGAUGGCUUCCCAGCUCUCAUCCCUUGGUCAGAUGAAGCCAGCUCAAUCUGAGCCGCCAGAACGUCGGCCAAAUAUAAUGAGCAUCCGUGAGAUAAUCCACCCAAGCUCUCCACCGUUGAAGCCCGGCCAGUCUGCUUUCGACGCGAGCGGAGAUUCUAGCCAUCACGGUUCCCGGCCUUUAAGCAUUGAGAAGGCGGCUGACUACACUGAGAAUGAUCGGACAUACCAUGAGUUUCAUGCGGGAAAGUACAUGUUACCGAACGAUGAGAUAGAGCAGGAUCGAUUAGAUUUUUUCCACAAAGCGCUCUUGGAGGUGACUGGUAAACUGAUCCACGUCCCUCUCCCUCCCACUGGCCGGUUUCUCGACUUAGGCUGUGGAACGGGUAUUUGGGCUAUUGAUUUGGCAAAAGCAUACCCAGAAGCAGUUGUCGUUGGAGUCGAUCUCUCUCCGAUUCAACCUUCUAACAGCCCUCAGAACUGUGAUUUUUAUGCACCCUUCGACUUUGAGUUUCCCUGGCGAAUGGGCAGUGGAUUCUGGGAUGUUAUCCGGCUUCAGAUGUGUAGUGGGAGUGUUACCAGCUGGCCGGAGCUCUAUAAUCAGGUUUUUGCCCAUCUGCGUCCUGGUGCCUGGCUUGAGCAACUUGAGAUCGACCUUGAACCAAGGUGUGAGAAUCGCACCAAGGAUGGUUCAGCUCUACAGUAUUGGUACCAAAGCCUGAAAUGGGCAACAGAAGUCACUCUAAGACCGAUACACCAUCGAUGUAACACGACAUUGAGUCAGUUGCAGAAGGCUGGGUUUACCGAUAUUCGGCACAAGCAAAUCACGCUGCCCUUGAAUCAGUGGCACCUUCGCUGCCAGAAACAACACAUUGGCCUUUGGUAUGGUAGAGUAUUCUUUGAUAGCAUUGAACCACUCAGCCUCGCCCCGUUUACACGGAUCCUUAGAUGGACUCCAGAGGAAAUCCACCGUUUGAUCACGGACGUGAAAACGGAGGUCUGCAACCCAAACAUCCACAGCUUUCAUGUCUUACAUAUAUACAAUGCGCGAAAGCCGAUCCACGGCUGCGGAUGA